CAGUCAUGCGCGUCUGGCGCGAAAAUCUCGCGAUAAAAACAUUCAUAUACCCAAUGCUUAAAAUUAUACACUUUGUUUACUGAAGUAAAAGUAAUAGUUACAUAUCGUUGUAGCUUACAUUUUGUAUCAGUUACAAAUUCAAACAUGCCAGAAGAACACAAAGAUAGUGAGGCCGUAUACGACCCGAACAGUUUGCCAAGUCUUUUACCGAUUUACUACAAUUACAUUUUCCCAUACGGACCGUACUGCAAAUGGUUAUUCUACGGCAGUAAAACUGGUAGUGGCUCGCUUUUCGAAAAGCGAGAAUUCUCUUUCACUCUUCAAAAUGACAUUUACGUCCGAUACCAAUCUUUUGCAUCUGAAGCUGAGUUCAGGAAAGAACUGAAGAAAAUGAACCCAUACAAAAUUGAUAUUGGUGCCAUUUAUUCUGCUCCUCCAAAACACCGAAAUCGAGUUUCAGGUGGUUCAUUUAAACCACUCACUAAAGAACUUGUGUUUGAUAUUGAUAUGACAGAUUAUGAUGACGUAAGAAAAUGUUGUCAGGGGGCAGACAUUUGCAAAAAAUGUUGGACAUUAAUGUCAAUCGCGAUCAAAAUUUUAAACCGAGCCCUGAAAGAUGAUUUUGGGUUCAAACAUUUACUUUGGGUUUAUUCUGGAAGGAGGGGUGUCCAUUGCUGGGUGUGUGAUGAAAAAGCAAGGUCAUUGUCAGCACACGCACGUUCAUCAAUUGUUGAAUAUCUGAGUUUAAUUCAAGCAGGAAACCACGAGAAACGAGUAACAUUAAGGGACCCUGUACACCCCUAUAUCAGAAAUUGUCACCAAGUAAUACGUUCCUACUGGGAUAAAUACGCGAUAGAAGACCAAGGUUUUCUGGACGAAGACAAAGAUGUCGCAAAAGUCUUAAAACUUAUUUCUGACUUGGACGUGAGAGAAAAAGUGGAAAAACAGUUUGCGGGUAAAAAUUCUGCUGAGCGAUGGAAAAAGUUAAGAGAGACCUGCACUUCAACAUAUGAAUCUGACCCCAAAAGAAAUCGCAAACUCAGAUAUACUUCGCAUGAAAUAAUGAUGGAGUUCUGCUUUCCAAGGCUUGAUGUGAAUGUCAGUAAAGGAAUCAACCAUUUACUGAAAAGUCCAUUUUGUGUUCACCCAAAGACAGGACGAGUAUGUGUUCCGAUUGAUGUCUCAAGAGUUGACGAGUUUGACCCUUUUGCUGUGCCAACUAUAAGUGACUUGUGCACCCAAGUAGAAAAGAGUGAAAUUACUCCAAAUGAAAAGACCGAGACUCUUGAUACUGAAGUACAAGAGGCAGGAGAUUCCUCCAACACCAAGAAGUUGUUUAGAAAGACCUCCCUUCAAGAAUAUAUGAAACCAUUCGAUUCACUUCUUGAAAACCUCCAGAAAGAAGCAGCAAAACAAAACUUGAUUUUACAAAGUGAUUUGAAAGGCGAAUUUUAAACUGGAAGAUUUAGGCUUCACCUGGAAACUAAGAAAUCACAGUACUUGAAAAUAAAAGAUUGUAGACAUUACUUUUCUGGACAUAUUACUAAAAAAUCACAGUAUUUAUAAAUAAAAAAUCUGGACAUGU